GGUCUGCUCUUAAAGCGCUCUUCAGACGCAGGGCUGAUUUCACAAACUUUUGUGGUAUUAAAACAUUCUUGCGAGGAUUUCAGAGGCUUUAAAUCUCACACGCGCUUUCACAAGAAAUAAACACACAUAUAAAGUGUGACACUGUAGAGCAGCGGUCAGAAGGAAAAUGGCUUCGUACACGUUACCGGAGGGCUUCAGCGACUUCGACAUGUUCGCCUUCGGCUCGGCGCUGCUGGUGGGAGGACUUCUGGGGUUUUUUCUCAACUUCAUCUCAGUGAUGGCAUUCCUCAGAAUCCGGGAGAUGCAGACGCCCAGUAACUUCUUCAUCUUUAACCUGGCUCUGGCUGAUCUGAGCCUCAACAUUAACGGUUUAGUGGCUGCUUAUGCUAGUUACCUAAGAUUCUGGCCGUUCGGGUCUGAGGGCUGUCAGAUUCAUGCUUUUCAGGGAAUGGUUUCGAUCCUCGCCUCCAUCAGCUUCCUCGCUGCCAUUGCUUGGGACAGAUAUCAUCAGUACUGUACUAAGCAGAAGAUGUUCUGGAGCACGUCUAUGACCAUGACCACUAUCAUCUGGAUCCUGGCCGUGUUCUGGGCAGCUCUGCCGCUGCCGGUCAUCGGAUGGGGCGUCUUUGACUUUGAGCCGAUGAAAACAUGCUGUACGCUCGAUUAUACUCAAGGAGACCGGAGUUAUAUCACUUACAUGCUGUCCAUCACUGUACUGUAUUUAGCGUUCCCUGUUAUGAUUCUGCAGUCAUCCUACAAUGCUAUCUAUGCAUACUUCAAAAAGACGCACCACUUUAAGUUUAACACCGGCUUGCCUCUGAAAGCUCUGCUGUUCUGCUGGGGUCCGUAUGUUCUGAUGUGUACAUACGCCUGCUUCGAGAACGUCAAUCUGGUUUCCCCAAAGCUCAGAAUGGUCCUUCCAGUGCUGGCCAAGACGUCUCCGAUCUUUCACGCCAUUCUGUACGCCUUUGGUAAUGAGUUCUACCGCGGAGGAAUCUGGCAGUUCCUCACCGGCCAGAAAUCUACAGACAAAAAGAAAUAGAGCAAGAGCUUUAGCCAUGUGAUGUUGUAUUGAGACAAAUCUGCAGGAGGUUACAUGUGACGAGACCGUACAUGUUAAAUCACUUUUGUCUUUGAUUACUGAAGAGUGUGAGAGGUGACUUACACAGUUCAUUCAGGACACAAUCAGUUAACCAUUUCAUUGUUCUUGCCUUAAUGUUGCUGUUGACCAAUACAGCAGAACACAGUAUUCAUGUAUAAAUCUGUAAGUAAGAGGAUUUUUCUAACCAAAACUUGAAACCAGUGAAUGAACCACUAAAAAGAAAAGGGCCUUUCAUUGUUAAUCCACAGAAUAAAUCUUGAGGCACAAGACAGUUUGUCACGGGUUCUUUAGGGGCUGAUGAAGAAGAAUCUCUGAAGGAUUGGCUUACAGAUGGUCAUCUUCACUGGUUUAGCUGGUUUCUUUAACAAAUCAGCAUUAUCUGACUCAGUGAAUGUCCUGAUUCCUCUCUGUGUGUUAGUUAGGAGUCCGAAUGCUCAUUUAUUCAGACGCUUUCAUUCAAAUGUUGUUCAAAGCACACUGACGUUCAGAUCUUCUCCGUCUUUGGCUCAGAUCUCGAAAUGAUGGCUAAUAAA